GCUCUUUUUCUUUUUUGAUGCCAUCUCGUUGUGAUGGUGACUGCUCUAACUGUUCAUUGGUGGCCAGGGCAUUUAGUAAUGCCAAUGCUGUCAUGCUGUUGAUAGGAUAUUUGCGUUUCAAGUGACCUCGCAGAGAAACUCAAACAAACCGGAGGAGUCGACACGUGACUGCGUAAAUUCUGUCUGCCAUAAAUGGCUUUAAAAAGAAAAAAGGAAAACCCUGCUGUCUAGAUAUUCCUCUAAAAUUCUGCCCAAUGUCAAAACGAGAUUCCACGUCAAAGCAGACGACUUCGUCUAGUCAAAGCGAACCAAUACCAGUCUAUAACACCUCCGAAGAUAAGCAAAGUAGAACACCGUCUAUCGCUAGUGUAAACGAAAUCGUUCCACCUUCUUUCGCAGAAUCAGAAUUUCAAACUAUUCAGCGACGGCAAGUGAAGCGCCUUGGAUCCAAUCUCUUAAAAUGGUCUGAAACACCUUCUAGAUACCCGACUUUGAGCAAUGAAUGGGAGUUUGCAGGAUGGGGUAGUACUUACUAUAUGGAACUAGAGCAGAGCGACAUCAAUGUACAACGUGAAGAUAAAAAAUUGAUUGGUCAAUGGCGAGCGACCUCCAUCUCAGGCAAUGACUUGAUCGCUUCUGUACUAUACUCGUUAGGACCGUGUAUGGUCCAAGCGGGACAAUUCUCUGUCAUCUCCAUGGCGCUGGUGGCGCUUUUAAUGUAUCCAGCCAAGAACAUCAUGACAGAGGUGUGCACUGCACUUCCACUUAAUGGAGGAAUUUACAGCGCAAUGCUUAACUCCAGCUCAAAAUGGCUUGCUGGUGUUGUGGCCUCUAUUCUGAUCUUAGACUAUCUGGCUACCUGUGUAGUGUCAGCCGCAUCGGCGGCCGCCUACUUAGCGGCGGAAGUAGCUCUUCCCGACAAGCUACCUGCUUUUGCCCUUGCUAUCAUUAUUAUGGUUGCAUUCGCACUUAUUGCCUUCCUUGGAAUUAGAGAAUCAUCUACUGUGGCUCUGAUUAUCUUCUUAUUCCACUUAAUAACAAUGCUGACGGUCCUUAUCGCGUCCUUCAUCCAUUGGGGCCAGGUUGGAAAUGCAACACUUAUCGCGAAUUGGAACUAUCCAUACCCAGAAAAUUCAUCGGCUGUGAAGAUGAUAUUCAAUGGAUUUUGUGUUGGUCUGCUUGGCGUUACAGGUUACGAGACGGCAGGCAACUUCAUUGAGGAACUUCAACCGAGCGACUUUCCAAAAGUUAUGCGAAACAUGUUUGGCUUUUUGACUCUUUUGAAUUCUCCAAUCACCCUAGUGGCUACCGCCCUUGUACCCAUUGAAGAAUUGAGGAAUAAUUCUGCUAUUGCUGUUUCGAUACUUGGCCAAUACGCUGUUGGUGGUCACCGUUGGUUGCGCAUAUGGAUCAUGGUCGACGCCAUCAUUGUCCUCUGUGCAGGUGUCUUAACUGGUCUGAUUGCAGCAACUGGGUUAAUGGAACGAAUGGCAAGCGAUCGAAUUAUUCCGAGCUUUUUCCUUAUCCACAACAAAUUUACCGGCUCAGCUCAAUAUAUCAUUCUUGUAUUUCUUAUACUAAGCGUCACCUUGUAUUCCAUUGUUCGAGGCGACACUACAUCACUAUCUGGAGUAUUCGCUGUGGCCUUCUUGGCUGUUCUUCUGAUGUUUACAAUCGUCAACGUCCUGAUGAAAUAUAAGCGUAAUCGCUUACCACGCCAUACUUCUGUUAACCUGCUUACCACGGUCACUGUGGGCGGUUUCGUAGUAGCUGGUUUGGUAGGCAAUAUUGUUAUCGAUCCAAGCAUCAUUGAGUACUUUAUCAUCUACUUUGGAGUUGUCCUUCUCGUGAUACUUACAAUGAUAAAUCGUGUUUGGCUUUACAAAACCUUCUACUGGCUUGCGGAUCAACUUCCUUUACUUCAUCGAUUCAACCGGUUAUCCGAAGUAUGCCAGAAGUCGAUCUUGCAGGGUAUCAAGAAGUUCAAAAAGCAGCCUGUGGUGUUCUUUGCAAAAACGGAUGAGCCUCAUAUUCUAAACAAGGCUAUCAUGUACUGUCAAAACAACGAGCCAACAGGGAACAUCAAGAUCGUUCACCUGUAUAAAUCUUUGGAAGAGAUACCCAAACACUUUGAAGCCAACCAUUCCAUCCUCGAUGAAAUAUACCCCAAAAUUCAAAUUGAUCUGCUAUUCAUUCAAGGAACGUUUAACCCUAGUACGGUUGAUGCUAUCUCGCGUCAGCUGGAAAUACCCACUUCUCUCAUGUUUAUUACAUGUCCUGGAAAGAACUUCCGAUACUCCAUUGCGGAAUUUAACGGCAUGCGUAUUGUCAUGUUAUAAAUACCGUAGCUUUGUAAAUUUUAUUGCACGUUUACAAAGCAGUGUACAUUUUUAUUGGCUAUCUAUAGUAUAGAUGUUUAAUCAGGCAUACCCAUCUUGUUUCAUAACAGUUUUACAAGCUAGCAUAAUUUUUUGUUGCUUGC